AUGACAUGUUGUAUGGAGUUGGUAGCAGCGGUUUUGGUUGGGACUCAGAAAAAAAUUGUUACGGCUGAGAAUUCUGUGUGGGAUGAAUAUAUUAAGACUCAUGGAGAUGUAGAACAAUUUAGAUACAAGUCAUUGGCUUACUAUGAGGAACUUUCUAUCAUUUUUGGUGGAGACCGUUCAUCUGGGAAAGAUGCUCAAGUUCCUGCUGAUAUUGUUGAAGAAUUAGACAAAGUUGCAGUUGAAAAUGAUGAAAGUAUAGGUGUUGAUGGGGAUUAUGCUUCAUAUGUCCAAGAUUUCAUAUUUGAAUCAAGCGAAGAGAAUUCUAAGCCAAAAAGGAGAAAGACCGAGAGCACUAAAGAUUUGUCUCGAGUUAUCAGAGAGGCGAUAGCUAUUCUUGGGGAAGAACUUAACAAUGCAAAGAAUGAGCUAUCAAUUGAUGUUGUGUUAGCAAGAGAAAUCCCGUCUAUGUAUUCAUAUUUACAGGAAUUUGUUGGCUCCCAUAAAUUUGAUGUUCUUAAAGAAUACUUGGAUGAUGUUCCUUGGGUUUAUAUAGGCGACAAUUUUGUAUCUCCCAUGGUGCUUGCAUUUGACUCUCUUGUGAAGUAG